GUUACCCUUCUCUCGCGCUCUCUAUCUCUAUUUCUUUCUGCCAUUGUCGUUCGACUCGUUCUCUCCAAAGCUCUCUUUCUUUAAAGAACCCUUGAAAAGGACGUUGAAGUUCUCUGCUUCGAUUUGCUAACCUAGCAAGACUCCUCGAAUUGCUCUCUUUUAUGUUUGCGUUUUCACAUUUGCUGAUUUUCUUGUGUUCUCUCUACGUGAAUUGCCCCCAAUGGCUGACGAGUGCAGAUUCAGAAUAGGAUACGCCUUGGCGCCGAAGAAACAGAACAGCUUCAUCCGAGACUCUCUGCUGAAUCUUGCAGGGUCUCGUGGCGUGGAUCUCGUCAAGAUUGACCCGACCCUGCCGCUGGUGGAUCAGGGCCUAUUCGACUGCGUACUACACAAAUUGUACGGAGAGGAGUGGAAGCAGCAACUGGAAGAGUUCCGUCUCAGGAACCCUAAUGCGGCCAUCGUGGACCCCCCCGAUGCGAUCGAGCGCCUCCACAACCGAAUCUCCAUGCUACAGGCCGUUUCGGAUCUCAGGAUAGAGUCCCGGAACGAAACGUUCGGGAUCCCCAAGCAAAUCGUCAUCUACGACAAUGAAACCCUCUUCGAUGGGCAGGCAUGGGAGAGCCUCAAGUUCCCGGUGAUCGCAAAGCCCUUGGUCGCCGACGGCAGUGCCAGAUCGCACAGAAUGAACUUGGUGUUCAACCACGACGGACUAAACAAGCUCAGGCCCCCGAUUGUCCUCCAAGAAUUCGUGAACCACGGCGGGGUCAUCUUCAAGGUCUACGUUGUCGGCCAGUACGUCAGGUGCGUGAAACGCAAGUCGUUGCCGGACGUCUCGGAAGAGAAAUUGGGUGUCUCUGAAAGCGUAUUGUCGUUUUCGCAGGUAUCGAAUGUCGCUAGCAACGAAAAGGUUGACGACAAAUACUACAAGAUGAUGCAUUUGGACGAUACUGAGAUGCCGCCGCAGAGUUUCCUCGCUGAUAUCGCCAACGGACUGCGGCAUGCCCUGAAACUGAAUCUCUUUAACUUCGAUGUCAUUCGGGACGCGAGGUCUGGGAGUCGCUACCUUAUAAUUGACAUCAAUUACUUUCCCGGGUAUGCCAAAGUGCCGGGUUACGAGGCUUUAUUGACGGAUUUCUUCUUGGAUGUAGUGAAUAAGGAAGAGAAGGAGGUGGCGAAGUUUGUUAGUUCUGACAAAGAUAUAAGAAAGAUUGUGAGCGAUAAUUUUUGCAGUGAUGGGAAUGAAAUUGGUCCGGACGAGAUGGAGAAAUCGAUUCAAUCCUGUCAUCAAUGUCAGCAAAUUACCCGGUAAAUCGGGUGAAGGGUGUGAUUUGGGUGUAUUGGGGUUUAGGUAGGAGAUGGUUUUGGUACAGUUUGGAAUUGAGUAGGUUUCGAUGACGGGUAUUAGAGUUUUAGCCUCUUGACAGCAAUUACGUGUUGUGUCAAUGUUGAUGAUGUAUAUUCCACCCGCAGUUUUACUCUGGAGAUAGGUACUUUCUCAUAUACUCUUCAAGGCCUUAGGGAUGUCGAAAGUUGUACUUUUAGGCUUUUGAGUCUUUCUUGCGUGAAAAACUAAUCUUAGUUUGUGACUUUGGCACAUUUAUUGAAUGAGAUUCGCCAUUUUGUGAA